ACGUUAAUUCCACGCAGCAGCCGGGGGGCGAAGGGCAACUACUAUAAAAACAACACCGCGUCGUUGGCUGCGAUCCCGCGACUCAGCCGACGGUUUUCCCCCUUCUGACUUCUCCUUCCUCAAUUGGCCCGAUUCUUCUCCUCCUCUCUCCUCGGCGCCAUUGAGAGGAGCCGCUGGAGGAGAUAUCCGGGCGCUCUGUUUCCUGCUCCGGCUGCCUCCGCAUCAAGCAUAACACAUCACUGGCCUGCGUGCAUGGGGACCCUGACAAGAGAAACAUUUUGAUCAACCUCCAGGCUAAGAAAAAUCCCGUGUUCCAGACGAAGGCCUCAGAUUGCAUCCGGUGUUAAAGGUUCAGGGUUGGGAGGCUGAGUUAGGAGGACUGCGACCAUGAAGGCCCUCAUUCUCGUGGGAGGCUUCGGCACUCGCCUGCGGCCGCUGACGCUCAGCGUGCCCAAGCCGCUCGUCGAUUUCGCCAACAAGCCCAUGAUCCUGCAUCAGAUCGAAGCUCUGAAAGAAGUUGGAGUUACAGAGGUUGUCUUGGCCAUCAAUUACCAGCCUGAGGUCAUGCUCAACUUUCUCAAGGACUUCGAGAGCAAGCUUGGCAUCACUAUAACCUGCUCCCAGGAGACUGAGCCACUUGGAACCGCUGGACCACUAGCUCUGGCCCGCGACAAGCUCGCGGACGGCUCCGGCGAACCAUUCUUCGUCCUCAACAGCGACGUGAUCAGCGAGUACCCGUUCGCGGAGCUCAUCCAGUUCCACAAAUCCCAUGGCGGCGAGGCCACCAUCAUGGUCACCAAGGUGGACGAGCCUUCCAAGUACGGGGUGGUGGUGACGGAGAAGGAGACCGGGAAGGUGGAGCGGUUCGUGGAGAAGCCCAAGGUAUUCGUGGGCAACAAGAUCAACGCCGGCAUCUACCUGCUGAACCCGUCCGUCCUGGACCGCAUCGAGCUGAAGCCGACGUCCAUCGAGAAGGAGGUGUUCCCGCGGAUUGCCGCCGACAACGCGCUGUUCGCCAUGGUGCUGCCGGGUUUCUGGAUGGACAUCGGGCAGCCGAGGGACUACAUCACGGGUCUGAGGCUGUACCUGGACUCCCUGCGCAAGAAGGCGCCGGCGAGGCUGGCGUCCGGCACGCACGUCCUGGGCAACGUGCUGGUCCACGAGACGGCGACGAUCGGGGAAGGGUGCCUGAUCGGGCCGGACGUGGCCGUCGGGCCCGGGUGCGUGGUGGAGGCCGGGGUGAGGCUGUCCAGGUGCACGGUGAUGCGCGGCGCGCGCGUGAAGAAGCACGCGUGCAUCUCCGGCAGCAUCGUCGGCUGGCACUCCACCGUCGGCAAGUGGGCGCGCGUCGAGAACAUGACCAUCCUCGGCGAGGACGUGCACGUCUGCGACGAGGUCUACAGCAACGGGGGCGUCGUGCUCCCGCACAAGGAGAUCAAGUCCAGCAUACUCAAGCCCGAGAUCGUCAUGUGAUGUGACCACCGUACGUGCUACGUACGUGGUGACGAUGAUGCCAUCAUGCCAAAGUUCAUUCAAAAGGCUUGGCUUGGCUCCUGUAUUUCUCAAUAUCUUUGUCGUUUGAUUCAACGCCGAGCUGUCUGCAAGUGUAAACCAGUUGCCUAUGUUUAGACGUGUCUCGAGUAUUAUUAUUUUUCCUUAAAUUGUUUUUUGAAGGCAAAAUGUGUGCCAACUAAAUUUGUGCCCGGGUUUGUAGAUAGAUGUCAGAUGAAUGGGAAUAAAACAUCAGUCUUACUUUUGAGUU